GGAUGGUAGAGGUAGAGAGAGAGAGAGAGAGAGAGAGAUUGGCGCCCUUGGAUUUGGUGAAGAACACAGCAACUUUGAUAUACUUAUAUAUAGGGUGGCAUGUAGGGAGUAUUUUUAGCAGAAGGGUGGGGUGAGGUGGGGAAAGCUGUUAAGCCAAUAAUGGCAGCUGGACAACAAGAGCAAAGCAGAGUUCGAUGCGUGUCUCAUUCGCUAGUCUAAUUUAGGUGGGCGAUCAUUAUUGGCGUGGUUAACGAAGAUUUUAGGAGGGUUCAUUGGUUAAAUGCCUCUUACAUCUGUUGAUGAUGGGUGACUAUCACUUCAAUUGGAGUUGAGGUUUAUACUAAAAUUAAGGAUACAUCAAUUUAUGGAUAUUACCUUUUAAUUUAUGGGGAUAAAGUUAUAAUCUUUUCCGGUUUCACAUUAACAAGAAUUUUGGGAUAUAAUAUUAGUUGGGGCUGAUUCCAUUUGAAACAUUGUAAUUGGGGUCCGAUCAAUAAAAAUCACUUAUAAAUCUUCUAAAUUAGUUUAAGAAUGAUAAUUGAUGAUUUAUAUUUUUUUAAGGAUUAAUAUUGGUUCCUACCUUGAUUUUUUUGUCUCAUUGCGAGUAAAGCAAAAAUAAACACUGUGAAAGAAGUUAAAUUACAAGCUUCUUCUAGAGAACUCGUCCAAGUAUUUAUGCUGUCAUGUCACAUGGAAUUAUAUAUAUAUAUAGAAGAAAAUUAUAGAGGUUGGUAAGAAAUUUCGCUUUCGUCGUAAGUAACAUAAUUAAUAAAUAUUAUUCAAUAAUUUAAAAAUACAUCUGGAAAAAAAGAAGUUUUCUUCCACAGUACCUCCGUGGGACACGUGGGGAAAUUCCGGCCCGUUUGCACCAACAGCGGAUAGACCUCGUCCUUUACCUGAUCACCCAUCCAAGACGACGCGUCACUUUCUCCACAAAGGCGGCGCAUCACGAUCCCAACCCCAGCCUUUCGAUUACAGAUGGACGUCUCUGAUCCGGUCAUAACCCGCGCUAUGCGGUCAAAGGGUCUCUGCGUGGAAACACCUUACACUCCCAAUGACGAUAAGUAUAAUCGUGCGGUCGUCGUUUCCCCCACCGCUCUGACGUGGUCGUCGUUAUCCGACACUCAUCAUCUUCUCUUAUCAUUUUCCUUCAUGGUAUUGCUCCUGUGUCUAGUUCGAGCCACCAAACACAUAAGCCAAGCAUACAACUUGUGUUUGCUGGUGGUCUCCAUUGUCUAAUGGAUCCUACACUCUAUCUAAUUGGUCCCUCGAAACACUGCGUAGGAGAUGAUGCGCAUCUACCUAGAACUAUACAAUACUACUACUAAUACUAAUACUUAUGGUAACAUGAACCUAUCUACCACUACCAGUCCACCAACGUCGGCAACGCUACUGCCAUGGCAAAAAGCUGCCAUUCCUCUGCUGAGUCGCCCUCCUCCUCCACCGCCACCGGCACCACCAACAACAGCAGUGGUGUUACUAACGCCACUGCUGCAGGUGCUCACUUACACAGCUCUCUCAGGUCUCUAAACAAAGCUUCUUAUAAGAUAACCAAACCCCUUCCCAAACACCCCAACCUUGGCCUGGUUAGGGAGCAGCAGGCGGCGCUUACAACUGGCGGCGGAGGAGCGCCGUCGCAGCCGCCGAUCUACAACAUCGACAAGAGCGACUUCCGCAGCCUCGUCCAGAAGCUCACAGGGUCGGCGACCCACCGCCACCAGCUCGGCCCUGCAGCGCCACCGCCUUCCGCACCCGGCCCUCCCCCUACUUCUCGGCUCCACCGCAUUCGCCCGCCACCGCUCGCCCACCUCACCCCCCGCCCGCUUCCCCUGUACUCAUGGACCCGGCCUCCGCCGCUCUCGCCGCUACCACCGCUGCCCACCGUCAGCGCUGCGGCGGAAUCGCCGAUAUCGGCAUACAUGCGCCGCCUGCAGAACGGCUGCCUGCCUGACAUCCAGCCGUCUCUGACCGCCGCGCUGGUGCUCCCCCCGCUCGGCUGGCGACUGCCGUCCCCUGGGACGGCAUACGAGAUGAUGGUGGCCCAGGGACUGGUGUUGCCGACAUCACCUGUAGUGCAGCUGCCGAGCUCAAUGUUGGGCGAGCCCUCACGCCACCAAGUUUCCAUCUCUUCUCCACCGGUCUUCGACGAAGGUAUGUUAAGCCAUCACUUAGGCUGAGUACUAAUAGGAUUCCACCCUCUUUUGUGUUCUUAGCUUUGUAAGCUGCGUGUAAAUACAGUGAUCAGCAAGAACUUGGACUCCUUUAGGACAGAUCUGAUGCUGUGUCCAAAGCAACAAAGAAGUGUUUUGUUUGUAAAUGGAUUACAAUCAUGUAAAUCUCUGUGAAAAAGCUGCUUUUUAGUGUCAAAAAUAUGACAGGUCUCAUCCUACAGUUCUUCCCAAAGGUGGUGAAUAUGUUCAAUGUUUGAUGGGGAAAAUAUAAAUUAAAUCACCUUGCUCACAGGAAUAAGAUGUAUCCAUGUUCUCAAGUGACCACCAACUUGAUAUGAUUCCAUGAUUCUGACAAUGUGGUCUUGUGAUUCUUGUAAAAUCUGGAAAGAAAUCUUGGGAGUCUGACUCAAAGUAGCAUAUGUUCUUCUCCUAUAUGAAGAUAUCAGUGGUGAACAGGUGGAUACUUGCAGUGUCUUUUGGAAGAUGAAGAAUAUAGAUGAGAUCAGCAAAAUGCCUAAGCUUUGGGAACAAAAAGCCUAAAGAAUGGUUGGGUUAUGAAUUUUAUGUGACAUUUGGGAGAUGAUAGGUAAGAUUCUAUCUUGUAAUAUGAAUAAACUAUAUACAACGGUGGAUUUUGCAGCUGAAAGAUCAAAGUUAACUUCCGGUUUCUGCUA